AUGAGACUUACACUGGCAUUAGGUGUGGCCUUGUUAGCCAUUCUUGGUACAGUCACAGCAAAACCAUCGUCGGCGGGAAGCUGUUCUAAGCAAGAGGAAGGAGCAACCUACGGCAUUGCGGGUGAUUGUCAGAAGUAUUUGGUGUGCAAGAAAGGUUCGUUGGAGAUCAAGGAAUGCAAGAGUAAGACCAGCUAUGACACGCUAAGCGGCAAUUGUGUGGAGACUGCAUCUGCUACUUGCGCUGUUGAAACUAGCCCAGAACCGGAACCUCAACCUGAACCAGUGCCUGAGCCAGAACCCGAACCGGAAGAAAGCCCGGAGCAGUAUGACUACCUUUGCCAGAAGGUGUUGUAUGGUGUACGAGUGCAUCCAAACGCAUGCGACCGAUUCCUAGUUUGUUCUAAAGAAAAGGCAUCCAUUGAACUGUGUGCAGAAGGAUUCAUUUUCGUGGCUGAUUUUAUCAGCUGUGUGGCGGGAAAUGUGGAGACAUGUACGAUUCAGUCGGUAGAACCGUCGACCACUGAAAGUUUUCCAAGCGGCUCAGAUGAAUCGGAAGAAAGUAAAGAAUCUGAGAACGGAUCUGAUGAGGAAUCGUCGGAAGCUUCUGGUCCAUAUGACUAUCUGUGUGCCAAGACUCUGCUAGGAAAUGUGGCUCAUCCUGAGUCCUGCAAGAAGUACAUCUCGUGCUACAAGUACAAGGGUAAGGAGGAGACCUGCAAGAAGGGCUAUGCCUACUCGUCUACUCUGCAUCUGUGUGUCAAGCAGAAGAACGGAGGAUGUGCUGAUGCUCCGGAAGAAGAACCUACUACUGAAGCCGCCAUUCCCGAGCCAGAACCUGAACCUGAACCAGAGCCAUCGAACCCCCCAUCUGAAGAGAACGGAUCUGAUGAGGAAUCGUCGGAAGCUUCUGGUCCAUAUGACUAUCUGUGUGCCAAGACUCUGCUAGGAAAUGUGGCGCAUCCUGAGUCCUGCAAGAAGUACAUCUCGUGCUACAAGUACAAGGGUAAGGAGGAGACCUGCAAGAAGGGCUAUGCCUACUCGUCUACUCUGCAUCUGUGUGUCAAGCAGAAGAACGGAGGAUGUGCUGAUGCUCCGGAAGAAGAACCUACUACUGAAGCCGCCAUUCCCCAGCCAGAACCUGAACCUGAACCAGAGCCAUCGAACCCCCCAUCUGAAGAGAACGGAUCUGAUGAGGAAUCCUCGGAAGCUUCUGGUCCAUAUGACUAUCUGUGUGCCAAGACUCUGAUAGGAAAUGUGGCUCAUCCUGAGUCCUGCAAGAAGUACAUCUCGUGCUACAAGUACAAGGGCAAGGAGGAGACCUGCAAGAAGGGCUAUGCCUACUCGUCUACUCUGCAUCUGUGUGUCAAGCAGAAGAACGGAGGAUGUGCUGAUGCUCCGGAAGAAGAACCUACUACUGAAGCCGCCAUUCCCGAGCCAGAACCUGAACCUGAGCCAGAGCCAUCGAACCCCCCAUCUGAAGAGAACGGAUCUGAUGAGGAAUCCUCGGAAGCUUCUGGUCCAUAUGACUAUCUGUGUGCCAAGACUCUGCUAGGAAAUGUGGCUCAUCCUGAGUCCUGCAAGAAGUACAUCUCGUGCUACAAGUACAAGGGUAAGGAGGAGACCUGCAAGAAGGGCUAUGCCUACUCGUCUACUCUGCAUCUGUGUGUCAAGCAGAAGAACGGAGGAUGUGCUGAUGCUCCGGAAGAAGAACCUACUACUGAAGCCGCCAUUCCCGAGCCAGAACCUGAACCUGAACCAGAGCCAUCGAACCCCCCAUCUGAAGAGAACGGAUCUGAUGAGGAAUCCUCGGAAGCUUCUGGUCCAUAUGACUAUCUGUGUGCCAAGACUCUGCUAGGAAAUGUAGCUCAUCCUGAGUCCUGCACGAAGUACAUCUCGUGCUACAAGUACAAGGGCAAGGAGGAGACCUGCAAGAAGGGCUAUGCCUACUCGUCUACUCUGCAUCUGUGUGUCAAGCAGAAGAACGGAGGAUGUGCUGAUGCUCCGGAAGAAGAACCUACUACUGAAGCCGCCAUUCCCGAGCCAGAACCUGAACCUGAGCCAGAGCCAUCGAACCCCCCAUCUGAAGAGAACGGAUCUGAUGAGGAAUCCUCGGAAGCUUCUGGUCCAUAUGACUAUCUGUGUGCCAAGACUCUGCUAGGAAAUGUGGCUCAUCCUGAUUCUUGCAAGAAGUACAUCUCGUGCUACAAGUACAAGGGCAAGGAGGAGACCUGCAAGAAGGGCUAUGCCUACUCGUCUACUCUGCAUCUGUGUGUCAAGCAGAAGAACGGAGGAUGUGCUGAUGCUCCGGAAGAAGAACCUACUACUGAAGCCGCCAUUCCCGAGCCAGAACCUGAACCUGAGCCAGAGCCAUCGAACCCCCCAUCUGAAGAGAACGGAUCUGAUGAGGAAUCCUCGGAAGCUUCUGGUCCAUAUGACUAUCUGUGUGCCAAGACUCUGCUAGGAAAUGUGGCUCAUCCUGAUUCUUGCACGAAGUACAUCUCGUGCUACAAGUACAAGGGAAAGGAGCAGAACUGUAAGAAAGGGUAUUAUUUCUCAGUAUAUCUUCGACUGUGCAUUAAGGGCAAUAGUGAAACAUGUGCUGACAUCAAUGGAGGAGACCAUGGUUCAACUGAAGCUGAACCACAACCGGAACCGACUGAGGAAUCAACCACUACAACUGAGCUGGUUCCUCCCGAAACUGGAGGUGAUCCAGGAGAAACCAACAACGGCUGCAUUGAAGGUUUCACCGGCUUCUUGCCUAUUCAGAAUGAUUGUGCGAGCUACGUGUACUGUUUCCAGGGAGAGCCAGGAGUCAGAACUUGCCUGGAGAAUUACAUCUACUACGAUCCAUUCAAGACUUGCCUCCCAGGUGAUCCAGUGCUGUGUCAACUGUAUUCGGUUUAG